UAUGUUUAUUAUUCCAUAAUGGCUUCAAUAAUGAAAUAAAAGUUCUCAAACGCUGGUGUUUUAUGUUGUUCGCAUGCGGUAAUAUUAGAUAAGAAGAUUAGAUCGCGAAGGUGCCUUGUGGAGAAACGACGGAUUUUUUAGCGGCACUGUCCGCCAUUAUUGGCGUUUGCACGGCGUUCAAGCGAAUUUUCUUUCGUUUAUAGAGUGAAAAACCACGCCUAUAACCUGGAGAUUCAUACUGUCUAACAAUGGCACGCAGUCGGAAAGAUAGCACUGGUAAAAGCGACUCCGAAGCUACGGAUAAAGAGAACAAGAGAGAAAGGGGCAGAGAAAGGGAGAGAAAAAAGCGUGCUGCAUCGUCCUCUAGCAGCGGUAGUAGUUCUUCAGACAGCAGUUCUGGAUCGUCAUCCACGAGCAGUGGAAGCAGUUCUAGAUCUAGUUCUACUUCUAGUACUACCUCCAGUAGCUCAGGAAGUUCAUCUGGGAGUUCCAGAGAGAGAGGAAGAAAGCGAAGUAGAAGUAAAAGUGUUGAUGCUUCUCGUAGACAUGACAACAAAGAAAAGGAGAGGGAGAAGGAGAGAGAAAGAGAAAAGGAUAGGGACAGAGAUAGAGACAGAGAUAGAGAAAAGGAUAAAAAGAAAAGCAGUAAUUCUGUGAUUGAUAAACCUAAGCCCAAAGCACGUUCCAGAUCACCCUCACCACGCAGAAAACGCAGAGAAAGAUCACCCAUUCCUAGACCAACAAAAAUACACAUUGGACAUUUAACACGUAAUGUCACUAAGGAACACAUUAUGGAAAUAUUUUCUACGUACGGUCAGAUAAAAAUGGUUGACUUUGCCAUGGACAAGCUUCACCCUAAUCAGGGGAGAGGUUUUGCCUAUGUGGAAUUUGAAACAGCAGAUGAAGCAGAGAAUGCAAUGAAACACAUGGAUGGUGGACAGAUAGAUGGUCAGGAGAUUACUGCUGCUCCAGUAUUAUUGCCAAAGCCACGACCCCUACCGAUGCGAAGGAUGUCACCUCUGAUAGGCAGAAGAGCGCCACCGCGAUGGGGUGGUGGGGGUAGAAACACUCCUACGCGUUAUCGAAGACGUUCACCACCUAUGAAUCGUCGCAGGAGCCCGCGACCACCAAGACGCAGACCAAGAACCCGAUCACGAAGUCCUAUGAAUAAUCCACGGCAUAGACAUCGUCGCUAUACGAGAUCAAGCUCCAGUAGCUCUCGAUAGCAACCUUUCUGUUUUUUGUAUAUAUAAAGCAAGAACUGAAUUUGACCAAAUAUGGUUUAAGCCUGAAUUGGUCGUCUUAAUGUAUUAAGCAAACCAAUUUUUACCGAUUCAAUUCGAACAUAUUUGACGGGGAAGUGUACGCACUGGAAACAAUAGACUUUAUUCGCGUCGGUAUUCACUACGACCCUUUUGUUUUUUAAUACAAUCACCGUUCGCGACCCACGAAUACUGCUUUUCAAAUAUACCAAUUUCACGCACGUGUCAAAAUGUUAUUACAGUUGAUUGGUACCUGAAUGUCGUUAAUCCUUAGGCGACAAAAAAAUAUACGUGUAUGCUUAAA